CCAUCCAUCCAUCCAUCCAGGGUGUUUUCCUCCUCUUCCUCUCUGAUGUUUAGCUGUUUCCUCCUUUAUGGUCUGCAGACGUCUCACUCUGUGUUUGUGUAAACAGUCACGCAGCGUGGACAAGCAGCACGCCGUCAUCAACUACAACCUGACAACUGAUGAGCACCUGGUGAAAGAUCUGGGAAGCCUGAAUGGGACGUUUGUGAACGACCUGCGGAUUCCCGAUCAGACCUACAUCACACUCAAACUGUGCGACAUCAUCCGCUUCGGAUAUGAUAUCCUUCCCAGUCUCCUUGUUUGUGUGUGUUUAUAUUGGGUGGGGCGACAGUGGUGUUGGGUGUUUGCCCGGCAACUGAAAGAGACUCCUGGGAGCCGGCCCACUCCUCUAUACGGCCAGCCUUCCUGGUGGGGAGAGGAGGAUUAUGGGAGCAAAGUUCAAGGGGGUGAAGAGCCUCACUCAGAUUUUCCUGGCCAUCUCCCAGACCCCCAACCAAAGACUGUCUUUCCUUCCUACCACCGUGAGCCUGGCUACUUCGAGAUUCCCACCAAGGACUUCCAGCACCAGAAAACAACCGAGGAAGAGCUCCAUGAGAUCCCCACCAAGGACACUGACAACCCCCCUGCCCUACCUUUGCCUCCUACCCCAACCCCGCCCGUUGUCCAGAGCCACGCCUCCUUCACCAUCGAGUUUGAUGACUGCAUGCCCGGCAAGAUCAAGAUCAAAGACCACGUCACCAAGUUCUCCACCCGCCAGAGGAAAGGCCAGGCCUACACAGCCAAGACUGCCGCGCCUGCAGAGAUGGUGUCAGCGCAGAGCAAAGUGGCCGAUUGGCUGGUCCACAGUGAUGUCAGCAUGAUGAGGAGGCAUCCGCCAUUACCAGAUCACCAUCAUGAGGAUGGAACCCAGAGUGAUUCUGAAGACCUGGUUCCUAAAGCCCGAAGUCCGUCCCAGAACUCUGUCCAAUCAGAGCAGCCUGAAACGGUCCAGUCAGGUCCGCAGCCUGUUCAAGCACAGAAACUCCACCAUGUGCUGCAGUUCUCUCCCCCCAGACAGGCCCCCGCCCCAGUGGUGGCCCCCGAGCGGACCCUGUCCCACAGCCCUCCCCAGCCACCGUCUCCAACUGAAAUGUCCAAACAGGGACCUUCUGAGCACCUCACCCAGCAGGCCUUCAUUAUUGAGUUCUUUGAUGACAACCCACGUAAGAAGCGCUCCCAGUCCUUCACCCACAACCCUGCCCAGGGGGACUCCUACUGCACCCUAAAGGCCAAGAUGGAGCGACGGAAAGGAGGCGAGAGGCCAGCCUCCAUGCAUGGACACAUUCCUCCCACCCAACAGGUGACGGUCCCCUUAAAGGGUCAGGGUCCUCUAGGCCCUCAGAGGUCAAGCUCUCUUAAACGAGAAAAGACUGAAGGGGAGGCCGCUUCAUCAAGCUCCUCCUCAGGCGUCAUUAUCAGACCGUUUGGCAGCGUUGGCAAGAAGUCAAAGCUCGCACAAGAGUUUGCUGCAGAGUUCCUGAAGGACUCCUCCCCCACCAGAGACAAAGACUCGCCUCCUCCCAUGUCUGCGCCGCCUGUGAUGGUUUCGCCCCCCCAUCCCCAGAGCCCAUCCCCACAGGAACCUCCAGCACUUCCUCCUGGUUCAUAUCCCUCAUUCCCUUCACAAACCCCAACGGCCUCCAAGUCCUUCAAAGUGCCCAGCGGCUCGACCCAAACGGUCCAUCCGCCCGGAUCCCAUGUGUCCCCCAUGUUGUCCCUGGGAGUCUGUGGGGGAGACACCAAUGUUUCCCAGAGGAUGGUGAGGAAUGAGGAAGACGACAGCCUGAGUGAUGCUGGAACAUACACCAUUGAGACAGAGUCCCAAGACAAAGAGGUGGAGGAGGCCCGCAGCAUGAUUGAUCAGGUGUUUGGUGUCCUUGACUCUCCAGAGUACAGUGGGUCCACCACAGGAGGGUAUAGACCGGUCAUACACCAAGGCACAGAGGAGUCCCUCAACCUGCCUGCUGAUGGUAGCAGCGUGGACCUAUUGCAUGGCUUUAUCCCAGCAGCAGUCAGUGCUCCCCCUACAGGUCCCAUGCAGGUUCAAGGUCGAACGGCUGACCUUGAAGGACCUAAAUGGGUUUCUCGGUGGGCCAGCCUGGCGGACAGCUAUGCCGAGCCUGGCUCUACUCCUCCACAGGGGGAAUGUCUGGAAGAUCUGCGGUACAUGAGUCAUUCAGUGGGAAGCUACAGCUACGAUACGUCUGAGUCAGAGACGAGCCACAGCUCUCGGACCCGGAGGCUGCUGCCUCAGGUUCCCCAAGACAAGGCAGAAAGUGUCCCUCCAAGCAUCCUGAUUCGGCACGAAUCCCACCAAGGCCAGAGAUCCCAGGAAAGGGUUCAUGGUCCGCCCUGCUCACUAGACUCCACCCAGCGCUUAGCUGUUCAGGACGACGUGGACCCAGACAGCCUGAGCGAUGCCAGCCGUUCUGAAGACGGACCCGCUAUGCUUCAUGCAAAGAAAAUAGAAGUCAGAGCCGGAAACACGUCCCCUGGUUAUCACGUCAGAGUUCAGGACAAAUCUUCUCCUGUCAACAAAUCCACCUUCUUUUACAUCGGCGCUGAGGACCAGCUAGGUAAGGCUGAGUCGGCUCGGAGCCCGAUACCGGCUGACAGGGUUCGAGACCCUGAAACUAAAACACCUCCUACAACAGUAUUGAUCCGACACUUGAGUGGACAUGAACCCAGAAGAACAGGAGUCAAGCCAAACAACUCUGCUCCAAACCUCAUAAUACAAGACAAAGAUUCGGUUCCUACAAAAGAUAUUUUUCGUCAGGAAAGUUUUACCAAAGACCGGCCCAGUGACACUAUCCCGAUGAAGAAGCUUCCCCACAUCUCCAGCCAGCCUUCCAUCAUAGACAUGGAGCAGAGGCAGGAGGGGAUCCAGGAACCGGAGCCCUUCCUUCAGGAGUCUCCCCUGGACAACAAGCUUCCCUCCUCUGGUUCUGGUCGUAGCUCUAAGAAGGGGGGAUCCUCUACCCACAUGGAUGACUCUCUCACUGGAGAGUCAGAUGUAGAUACAGCAAGCACCGUCAGUCAGGUCAGCAGUAAAAACGCACCUGUUGGCUCCACCUCUAAAAAACGACCCGCAAUAAGCAGCCUUCAGAAAGAGAAGUCCUCCUCUAGCCCGUCUAUCCAGGAAAAGGGACGGCAGUUAAGUGCUCGUGAGCGUCUCUCGGAGAAAAGGCGCACGCAGACCUCAGCUGACACACCAAGCAAAGCAGAGGCAACGAAGCGCCUACAGAUGCGCCGCAGCACAGGAAACCGCGGUUCUCUAGAUUUGACUGAAGGUCAACAAGGUACUGCGCCUGUCUGGACUGAAUCUACUUCAUCUGAUCAUGAAAUCUCUCGUCCAUCCAGUCGCACAAAGAAAACCAUUGCCCCUCUACAGAAAGAGGACAACGGAAAGACACCUAAGUCAGCCACUCAACAGGUUUUAACUCGUUCUAACAGCCUGUCAGCACCAAGGCCAACCCGAGCAUCAAUGCUACGACGUGCCCGCCUCGGGGACGCUUCAGACAAUGAAGGUACAGAGACGGAUCGGGCCUCCCAGAACUCUGACCACAUCUCGGCACCUCCCAAAGUCUCCGCUGAAGGGAAGAAGCUGUCCAGACUGGACAUUUUGGCAAUGCCUAGGAAGAGGACCGGUUCAUUUACAACUCCCAGUGACAAUGAGUCCUCCGCAAGUCGUUCUGGUUUCUCAAGUCGCAACAAUGAGCCUGCCGCCAUGGCCAGGAAGACAUCUGUUGGGGACGCUCACCAAGCAGCCAGUAGAGGGGGCGGAGCUCCAGUCAAGCAAACACUGACUCGUGUCCGAUCCAGUGGGAAUAAGUACCCUAGCAGUGGUACACGGCAUAAACAGAGGGGCCCAGACUUCUCAUCUUCCUCUGAGGAAGAAUACGAGGCAAACACUGGCUCCACCAAAGCCAGACGAUCUCCUCACCCAAGCAGUGCUGGCCAAACAGUUCGUAGCCAGAGAACUGCUGCCAGUAGAAGUAAGUCUGUCUCCCUGGAGACCGAGGAGGACGAGGACCAGAACGAUGUCGACCCAUACCAGAACUGGUCAACCCACAGCGCAGAGAUAGCAAAGCUCAGUCAAGACCUGGCCAAAGAUCUGGCCAUCUUGGCCAAAGAGAUCCACGAUGUCGCAGGAGACGGGGAUUCUCCCAGCUCUGGAAUGGGCACCACCACCUCACCCAGCUCGCUCCCCAACACACCUGCCUCCAACAUCUCUGCCCGGGAGGAGGUUGAGCUGCAGGAGCUUCAUUCUGCUUCAAAAUCUUUCAACUUUCCAUCAGUUCCAUACCUCCAUGGGGUUCGAAAGUCUCAGCUGGUCCAUCGUAUUCCUGAGGCCAGCUUAAACUACCAGAAGGUUCCUCCAGGCUCUGCUGCCAUCUUGGACCUGGAUGCAAAUAUGAAUGAGCCAGAACCCACUUCUUUACAACGCCGUCCGUGGAGCCGUGAAGAGGUCAUCCUGGACAACCUGAUGCUGAACCCCGUGUCCCAGCUGUCGCACGCCAUCCGGGAGAACACGGAGCAGCUGGCCGAGAAGAUGAAGGUUCUGUUCCAGAGCAAAGCAGACGUCUGGGAGGAGAUCGAAGCCAAGAUCAACACCGAGUACGAAGUCCCCAUCGUGAAAACCUCCAACAAGGAGAUCACCUCCAUUUUGAAGGAGCUGAGGAGAGUCCAGCGGCAGCUGGAAGGUAUGAAGGCACCGCCGUCCUGUUGGUGAUCACAUGUAGCGCCCAGCAGCCCACCUGCUGCUGUGGGUGACUCUAAGGAAACACCUGGGUGGGAAACCUGCAGACCAGGAUGGGGAAUAAAAUCCCUUCAGACAUAAAAGCU